AUGUGUGUUGAGUUUGAAGUUGGAGAUGAUAAAGGUUGGGUUGUUCCCUCUUCAAAGAAGGACCAACUUUAUAAUGAAUGGGCUUCAAAGAACAGGUUUAAAGUUGAUGACACUCUCCGGUUUGAGUACAAGAAGGACUCAGUUAUGGUGGUGACUGAUGAGGAGUAUGAUAAAUGCAAAUCCUCCCACCCUUUGUUCUUCUCCAACAACGGCAACACAGUUUUCAAACUGGACAGGCCAGGGCUGUUCUACUUCAUUAGUGGGGUGGCCGGACAUUGCGAGCGAGGCCUGAAGAUGAUCAUCAAAGUUCUUGAGCCGGUGAGCCCGCCUCAGUCGACGCCGUCAAAUGGGACCUCCUCGGGUUCAUCCCAUAACAGUGGUGCAUCUUCCUCAACAAUUGUGCUGCUCAUGAUCAUGUCAUUGUUUGGGGCUUUUUUCAUGUAAAUUUUGGGUGCAUUAUUGGAGUUUAUUUUUUUUAAUCUCAUUUUUGAAGUUAAUUAGGUGACUGCGAAAGCAGCAAGAGUAGUCUACUUUAUUUGUUUAGUAUGGGAUUGAUUUUCUAAACUAUUAUUUUGGUUUU